GCAUUCUCGCAUCUCGCACCCUCGCGCCUUCCGACGAUCCUCGCUCGGCCACCUUCUCGCCCUCCUCGCCGUUCCAGACAAACCACGCACCACGUCGCUCGCACUCGAGCAGCUGCCACCCGACCCGACUCGCUCUCUCAAUCCCACGCAGCACGUCCAUCUGCUGCACACCAUCCGGCCGCUUCUGGCCUCGGCGCUCCUCCGCGCCCUCUCCGUCAGCAUGCCUCACGCCAGCGACGACUACCUCUCGCGCGGCGGCGGCAGCGGCAGUGGCCUCGGGUCGUCGCCGCACAGCCGCAUCCCCGUGCGGCCACCACUGCGGCGCAUGCCUGCCUCGCGGCCCAGCGCGGCGCCCGACUGCGCCUUUACGUCGCCCGUGGCGCCGCACCGCAGCGCCCGCAUGGUCUCGUCGCCCGCGUACAGCCCGCUCCCGGCACCCAGCUCCGAGCGUGCGGUGCUCUCGCCGCGCACGCCGACGGCCAGCCGCAUGCCGCGCUCGCCGCGCCUCACCACCACGCCGGCAGCGCGGCUUGAGUCGCCCAGCUCGGCGCUGCUCGUGCCCGCUAGUCCGGCGGCGACCUUCUCGCCGCUGCAUACCUCUAGCAAGAGCACGCCGCUGGCUCUACGCCGUCCGCCAGGGACCCUGCGACCUGGCCCACCAUCACCGGCGCUCUCGGCCGCGUCGCGCGACUCGUCGCGAUCGGGCCGCAGCAGUCGUGCCGCCUCGCCGCUGCCGCAGCCAGUGGCAGCGUCGGCCAGCGGCGAGACGGCGCCUUCUCGUGUAACCUCACGGAUCCCUGCGACGCCUCGCGCAAGCAAUGCACUGCGCCCGCGCGACGGCAACGUGCCCGUGCGUCGCCUGUCGCCGUCGGCACCUCCGCUCAAGGCCGCGCAGAGCCCGGCCAUGGUCAGUAGUGCAUCGCAGACCACGCCGAUCCGCAGUCGCCUGCCCGUCUCGCCGUCGCGACGAGUACCGGCACCGCUCUUCAUUCCCUCGCCCGAGAUCGUGCAGCUCGAGCGGCCGCCUCUCGUACGACGGCCGCGCGCAAGUGCCGAGGCUGCACCGACGCCCAGUCCCGAGCAACAGCCGUGGCCAGCUCGCGUCAGUGCCGACACCAGCGCAUCAUCGCUGCAGUGGAAGGCACUGCCGGAAGAGCCAAAGGAAGAGUCGCUCGCUCCGCUGCUCGAGACAGCGCAGCACACCGAUGCUCUUCUGCGGUCGCGCCGCAUGCGCACCACGAGCGAGGGCGUGCCUCACGGAGGCUCGCUGCGCGGCAGUGCGACAUUCUCGCCCGCUCGAUCUGGUCGCCGUCUCGCCAAGCUGCGAGGACUUCCUAUGUUCUCCCACACGCGUCAAGCCUCAGGCAGCGCCUCGGCAAAUGACUCUAGCGUACCUUCGCCGACGUCGGCCGUCUUCCCGGAGUUCAUGUCUAGCGACGGAAAGUCGAGCAGCAGCGUCAUCUCCUCGUUCAUGGAGUCGAUGCUGCACCACGCUCAUAGUGCCACAUCGCGCUCGCGGAAGCGCGCCUCUCACGGCGAUGAUGCGUUCCUCGGCGCCAGCCCUGGACGCAGACGAGGUGCAGCUGGUCGCACGCUGUCCGGCAGUCAUCAGCCAUUCGUGGGCUCGGCAGGCAGCGUCACGAAGCAGCUGAUCAGCGCGCCGAUGCCGAUUGCCGAGGGUGUGUCGUUUGCCAUGCAUCCUGCGCAGGUCGAGGCGAAGCUCGCGGCGGCGCCGCAGCUGCGAGGAUCGCCAUCUCUGCCGGAGCUUCGCACUGUUGCGCCAGUCGCACGCAUCGCCACUUCGGCCUCUGCCACGAAGCUCGACGAGAUCGACUCGACGGCUCGGGGCUCGCCGUCUGCCGGCUUCGCAGCUGACGAUCCGCGCAAUCUCUGGCUAUCGAAUGCACCGCACACACCGAGCCACUAUGUGACACCUGCGUGGCUGUCGAAUGCACCGCACACACGGAGCACCUGGGCGACACCUGCACGGCCAGUUGCUCGCAUCAGAAGUGCGCCCGAGCCUGGCGACGUCUCUGCUCCGUCAACACCUACCUCUCCCGCGACAAGUAUCGCAACAGCGCCGACGCUCUCGCCCGCGGCGUCUCGGCGAGGGAGCGCAAGCACGGCGUCACUGUCGCCGGUGACACCUGCACGCUACCCGCGCUACUGUCCAGCGGCCGCUCUGACCAAGCAAGGCCUUUCGUCACUCGAGGCAGAGCUAGAGAUUGACUCAAGUCUGACGCCAAAGCUUCGUCGUCCGGCGCAAUUCUCCCUCUCGGCGUACCGCGGCAGUCCGCGAGCGCCGGGCAAAGGCUUUCCGCUCGAUGUCGCCUCGCAUGACGGCAGCAUCAGCUUCGAUGAGACGUGCACCAGCAUCAGCUCGGAGUGUCCCAGCCUGAUCGACUCCGAGGCUGAGUCUCUCGACCCAGCCUCCGCGUCCGCCUCGAGAGACACCUCGACGUCUCUUCUGACCGCGACGCAAUCGCCGAACCCAGAGGCGCAGGUCCACGCGUGCAUCCUGGACGGCAUCUCUGUUCUGUCUGAGUCGCCCGAGGCCAUCGGCGCAUCGCGCAAGACUGGCGGCAGCAAGUACUGCUUCGAGGUGCUCAAUGCCGAAAGUGCUUCGGCAGAGGCUUCGGACGUCAUCGUCGCGGACGCACAAGACGCGCGCAGCCCUGCCCUCUAUGAGCUCUCAUCAGUGGAAGGUAGCGACGCCGAGAGCGAUGCGAGUGACGACGAGAGCGUUCGCGACAGCGUCUAUAGCUUGCAAGAAUUGCUCACGCAGGCGUCACGCAAGCUCGAGGCGCACUGCUCGCCGCAGAACCGUGCAUCGUCGCUCGAGGCAGCCGGUGCGCGCGCACAGGCAGCUCGACCGGACGUGCGGGCCUCGAUUCGACGCAGCCACGGACGAACUGAAGGGCAGCGAGAGGUGCCUCCUUCAGUCGAGCUUCCGCCAGAGGGCCUCGAGCUGCGCAUCGUCGAUGAUGAGCACGGAGGUCCGCCGCGCCUCGAGCUGAGCUGGGAGGUGCGCCUGUCCGGCGCGGACGGCCAUCGAUCAGUCGCAGGCCGUACGCUUGUGCCAGAGGCGGUCUCGGCUUCGCUCUUCGCGUCCUGGGCGAGCAGCACUGGUCUCGGAACAUCGCCGGCAAAGCGCAAGCCACUGCCAAGGCGCGACGAAGCCAGGCUGACUGGGACCUCUGUCCACAGCGACUGGUCUGCUAUCUCUUCCUCCCACCCGUCUUUCGGCGAGCUUGAGCUGCAGCAGCUCCAGGCGUCAGCACAGGCGCAGCUGCAAGCAAGCCGCGAAUGGGGUCUGCAGCCGGCACGAGAGCGCCAUCUCUCUCAUCCGGUGCAGGAGUCGCCGAGCCUGCUCGAGCCCAACGCAUGGGCAGCCUCGUCGCCACGCUCGCCGUCCUUCUUUCCGCGGCCACUGCUUCUCAGUCGACCAAGCAACGAACGCCGGCGCACACGAGAGGAGAGUGCACCGGCAGAGACGCAGAGCACUCGUGUGGCAAGAGCAUCGCAGCGCAGCGGCGCCGCUGGGCCGCCUGUCGCCUCGCCGAACCUCCUUGAUGUCGCGACUUCCCGGCGCAGCCGCGUCAGCAGCCGUCAGGCCACCACGCCUCGUUCCACGCUCGUGCCCAUCGGCACGCCGCGCAGCACCGUGCCAUCCUCUCCCGGUGCCACUCUUGGCUACCUACCUCGUCUUACCCCUGUCGGCCCCAGCCACGACGCCUCCGUCAACGCCAACACUCUCUUGCUUCUCCAGCGAGCCGCCGAGUCAUGCGCCGACAUCACGCCGCGCAGUCGCCGGCCGCCGCUGCCGCGCUCGGAGAGCAUCGAGUCGGCGCUGAUGGACACGCGGCCGCCGUACCAGAUCCUCACGGCCUCCUCGAGUCUGGCAGAGAUCACUGGCGCCGGCAACUAGACUGCGCUCCCUGCAGCACACACCUGCUCGCUGCUUCCCGCUGCUCCACCCUCAUUCCUGUGCGCACGUCUCCGUUCCUCUAAUGCGCUCCUCACUCUCGUU